AUGUUUAUCUUCGAUUUUGAUGAAACAUUAACCGUUCGUUCAUCGUCGGAUCCUAUUGAUGAACUUGCGCAUGAGAAUCUUAGUGACAUCGAUUAUCGUUAUGAGAAAGUGCAUCAUUGUUGGAAUAGACGAAUGAAUGAAGUGCACAAACGUCUUGUUGAACAAGGCAUUCAAACCGAACAACAAAUAGAAACAUUCGGUAGAAUUGAAUUAGAUCCCGGUGUGCGUGAACUUUUUCAUGAUAUAUCGAUGAAAAAUGGGAAAAUUAUAGUCAUGAGUAAUGCGUGUGAUCUUGUCAUAAGAGAAUGUCUGCAGGCACAAAAUUUAUUUCAGUAUGUCCAUAAAAUUGAAAGUAAUCCGGUGCGUCAAACUCAUCCGGUUAUAGUUAUUGAUGAAUAUGAAAAUCCACUACAAACACAAUGUAAAAUAUGUGAACCGAAUUUAUGUAAAGGUUCGAUUAUUGAUAGAUAUCGAGAAAACGAUGAAGUUGAUAGAAUCAUUUUUAUUGGCGACGGUGAUAAUGAUAUGACAAAAAUACUUAGUCAACGUUCGAGUUUUUCGCCGUUGAUUUUUCAUCGACAAUUUUGGAAUUCACUAAAUAUUGUCUGGAACAAAUAUGAUCGAAAGCGUGUGCAAGAAAUAGGACCUGAUCGUGCUUGUGCUGAAUGGCUAGUACGCUGUGGUGGUUCAGUACGCUUUAAAAAUUGGGGAACAUUUUCAUCGCAUUUCAAUACGAUACCAGCGGGUGCUUCUAAUCAGUUUAAAAUUGAAGAAAUUCGCGCCAUCAAUGCAUCUAUUACAUCGGAAGGUUUUGCAUAUUUAGAUGGACUUUCGGAUUUAAAGAAAAUUCAUUUGGAAAAAUGCGAUCAAAUUUGUGAUAGUUCGAUUGCUCGAUGCAAUAAAGUAAAAGAUUCACUAGAAUCUAUAGAACUUAUUGAUUUAGCUCAGAUUAGUGAAAAUGGUCUUGCAUAUUUAGCUGGCUUAAAGAAUUUAAAACAUAUUGUUUUAGCUCGUUUAUCAAGCAUAAAACAUCGCGAUGCAAUACUCAAAUUAUUAACAAAUGAAUUACCUCGAUGCACUAUUAAUUACAAUGAUGAACAUGCUAUUACGCUAGAACAGAAAGCAAAAAAGUCCUUGUGA